AUGCGGCGCAAAUGGCCGCCGUUUCUAGACAAGAUAGAAGUAUUUACUGUAGUUUUUGUUACAUUGCUACCUUGUUUUUAUUGCACAAUCACUUCCGAUUCAAAUCAAAAAUGUCAGGAAAGUUGCUUGGACAAAAAUAUCGUAAGUUUUGAUGACUGGGAUUCGCUAUUCUGCGUUUUACAAAUUGAAAAGUUUUCGUCGUGGGACUAAAAAAAUUUUGAUUUUUCAAUUCCAAAAUUUUUUUUUCAAAGCAUGAUAUCAAAUGCAAUAUAAUUUUGAAUAUUUAGGCAUAUCCUUUACCUUCAAACGACCUGGAAUGGCCAGAGAGUACAACCACGGCAUGCGAUUUUGAAUGCCACGUCUCGGCGGUGAGGUUUUGACUCAUUUUUUAAAAUAAAAAAUGCCAUUGUCUUACAAUUAGACGAUUUCAAUCAAAUCUUUGCAAAAUUUCAUCAAUGUUGACAACUUUUUUUCUUCCAUAAUUUUUCGAAAAUACGAUGACUAAACAAACUUUGUAGUGUAAUGUUGGCUGCACUGAUCUGGAAGCGGUAAACUCGACUUGCCCCACUCGAUGCGCUUCUACCAGCUCUCCUCUCAGCUGUUUCCAAGGCUGUCGCGCAAUCUCGGACCUUUUUACCAACCAAAUUCAAAGCAAGUUGUACUAUUUUUAAAAUUAUUUUCUCUACUUUUAGGUCUUUUAAAUCAAGUCAAUGUCGAGACAACCUUGGAUACGACUCAAGGAGUCAAAAUGAAUUGGUUUUUCGAUGACUCGCAUCUCAUCCAGCUUCAAGAAGUUUCGGCCGCUAAUUUGAAAUGGUUUACUCAGUCCAAGAAAGCGAAUGGAGGGUGGCUCUGGACUCCGAUGGGAUUUCAGGUGGGUGAAUUGAGUUAAUUUGAGCUUUGGGAGGUCAAAAAAUGGCAUAGCAUUGCUGAAAAUUAAAUUGAAAAUUAAAAAAAAAUUUUUUUUGGUUUUACUGAAGCUUGGCCAAGAUUUAGGGCGCGAUUUUAUAAGCUACAUUUGAAAUUUUUAGCCCGCGCUUUGCAGAAAUAACCGAGAUUUUUAAACCGAAGGUUAAGAAAUUUUUGAUUUUUUUAAAAUUAUUUUCGAUCACAAAAUCUCAAACAGAUAUUCCAGGCGUUCCGCGACUCCAUGCUGACCACCACUGUCUACCUCCCGAUCGAAGCCGUGGCCAAUGAAUUCAAAAGUCGACUGGUCGCAAUAUGGCGGGAUGUUGUGGUGGCGUCUCCGGAGUUCCUUCAGACAAUUCCACUGCCGCCCAGUCAGGAGCCGACCCUGCCGGAGCUAAUUUCGUCGCUUCAAAUCACCGAAGACAGCUGGGCGAUUUGUUGGCACUCCGAAAAACAAGUGGCCGAGAGCGCGGAACCGGUCAAAUUUAGGUGA